GUGGUGAGGAGCUGAGCAGGUUUUGAACAUGGGUGCCAUGUCUUUGGGCCGUCUCCUUCGACGUGCGUCCUCCAAAGCCUCCGACCUCCUGACAUUGAGGCUGGACAAAGGAACAACCAGUGUGCUUGAUGGAGAGAUCAUAUUUUCCAAGAACAUGUGUGUGUGGCACCCUCCUGAGCUGCUGCAGGAUGUGGGAUCUCAUCACCCUGGGUAUUUGUGUGUGUACAUGGAGAAGGAUGAGUUUUUGGGAACCACUUUGAUCUUGGCCUGGGUCCCAAACUCUCGUAUACAGCGUCAGGAUGAGGAAGCUCUGCGCUACAUCACCCCUGAGAGUUCACCCAUCCGUAAGACUCCCCGCAAGAGAAACCGCCACACCCCAGGUACUGCUCCAACUACACGCCACAAACAAGCUGUGCCACCCAAAGAGGGCCAGGGAGAGACGCCCACAGAGAGAGAGCCCAACUCCCCUGCAGAACAAAACCCGUCAGAUGGUUCUAUAGAAGGAGUAGAGGAAGCAGCGGAACAGGGAGAGGAUGAGAGGUCCCUGGAUAUGUCAUCAGAUGAAGUGAGCAGGGACAGCACACUGGACUCAGAUUCUGAUGCCUUCUCCUCCCCUUUUUGUCUCUCUCCAAUCAGUGAAGCACUUGGGGAAAGCUGCAGCUCGGUGUUCCUGGAGAGCGAGAUUCGAGAGGAUGGUGACAGCCACAUGACAAGCUGUGCCUCCAGUCUGAAUGCCAAUUCACCCGUUACGCAGUCUGAAUGGCAGAGCACUGGCAGGUGGGAGGAGCAACAGAAGCUGCUGGCAUUAGAGCAGACCUGUGGUGUGUUUCGGGUUGACCUGGGACAGAUGCGUUCAUUGCGUUUCUUCUUCAGUGAUGACGCCUGCAGUGGUCAGUUAGUAGUGGCCAGCAGAGAGAGCCAGUACAAAGUCUUCCAUUUUCAUCACGGGGGCCUAGGAAAACUGUCUGAAGUGUUCCAGCGGUGGAAGUACUGCAGGGAGACGCAACUAAAGGAACAGGUCAAAAAGAGGGAAAAGACCUGCCUACAUUUCUCCAUCCAAAGGCCAAACCUCCCAUCCACAGAGUUACACCCAGAGGAGGGCAUGUAUCGAAGGCGCGUUACUGGCUGGCUGCAGCAUCUCAAUGAGGCCGGACAGGUAGAGGAGGAAUACAAGUUGCGCAAGGCCAUAUUUUUUGGUGGGAUUGAUCCUUCCCUGCGGGGAGAGGUCUGGCCGUUUCUCUUGGGGUAUUACAGCUGGGAAUCCUCGUCUGAAGAGCGGGAGGCUCUGCGUGUGCAAAAGAGGGAGAGCUACUCACAGAUACAGAUGAAAAGAGUCUCAAUGAGCCCUGACACUCAGAAGGAUUUCUGGAGGAAUGUUCAGUUCACAGUGGACAAAGAUGUUGUGAGGACUGAUCGAAGUAACCAGUUCUUUAAGGGAGAGGACAAUCCGAAUGUGGAGGCCAUGAGGAGGAUCCUCCUAAAUUACGCAGUUUACAGCCCAUGUGUAGGAUAUUCUCAAGGUAUGUCGGACCUGGUGGCCCCACUGCUUGCAGAGGUUCUGGAUGAAUCUGACACAUUUUGGUGCUUCGUGGGUCUUAUGCAGAACACAAUCUUCAUCAGCUCUCCCCGUGAUGAGGAUAUGGAGAGGCAGCUGAUGUAUCUGCGAGAAUUACUCCGUCUUGUCCACCCACGGUUCCACCAGCAUCUGUUGACUUUGGGAGAAGAUGGACUGCAAAUGCUGUUCUGUCAUCGUUGGAUCCUGCUCUGCUUUAAGAGGGAAUUUCCAGACACCGAGGCCCUGAGGAUGUGGGAGGCUUGUUGGGCUCACUAUCAAACAGAUUAUUUCCACCUUUUCCUUUGUGUAUCAAUUAUUGUGAUAUAUGGGGAUGAUGUGAUUGAGCAACAGCUGCCAACUGACCAAAUGUUGCUGCACUUUAGUAAUCUGGCGAUGCACAUGAAUGGAGACCUGGUCCUCCGGAAGGCUCGAAGUUUGCUUUAUCAGUUUAGACUUUUACCCAGAAUCCCCUGCAGUGUGCAUGAUCUCUGCAAGCUCUGUGGCUCGGGCAUGUGGGACAGUGGCUAUAUUCCUCCAGUGGAGUGUACUGGGCACCACCCUGGCUCUGAGAGCUGCCCAUAUGGGGGUAUUGUGGAGGAACCAUCCCCUAAACCACCCAAAGACAAUAAAAGAGGACCUAAAGUACGAGAUGUGUUUACUUUCAGAAAAUAGGAAAUAAGAAACAAACAACAUUUGGAAUUUGUAAGCAACAGGUUGCUGAAUUAGCAAACCCAUCUGCAUAUGGUGGGGGUCUGUGCAACCAGUAUCAGGUCAAGCAGAAUCCACAGUCGGCUGCAGAUGAAGCACGGACAAUAAGGAAGCACAAAUGAAGGCAUCCAUGAGAAAGAAAAAAAAUUUGAAAAAAGAAAAACAGCAAAGAGAGCAGUUAAUGGAGUACCUAGGAACAUGUAGAAUAGAAGUAUCUUGAGGCCCAAUCCACAGAAGCAACUAAUAUUGGAGAUACAGCUCUUGUAUCAGUUUGUCUUGUUGGGUGGUGUUGUGGGGGCUCUAAUUGUUGAACUGGCAAACCAAAAAAAAAGUGUUAAAAAAACAUGGCUUCUGUUGCAACCAAAGUGACUUGACUGGUGACAGUCACAGCUCACAAUUAGUAUGUGAGCUUUAGACUAUACCCAGAGGGGAGAGUUAUGCGUCCCUUAUUGCGCUUUCUAAUAUUCCUUAAUAUAUAUUACAGAAAUGCUAAAUACCAACCUGGAAUUCUACUUUAUAAUGAAGCUUAGUGGAGUUUUUCCUCCUUGCGUACACAGUUUGGUAUUAUUAGAACCAGGGUACUCUAUCUUGGUUCUGGGACUUUCAUCCCUUACCAUGGAAAAGUUGCACAUGCAAACCCAUUGAGUGACAGAGCUCUCAUCAUAAUGGGUCCCCUGGUUUGUAUAUAGGGGAGACAGAAUCCAGUGUGUGGAUACAAUUUGUUUGGCUCUCCCUAGAGAUGCAUGAAUUUAGUAUAACUCAGGACAAGAAAUGCCUGUUUUUUUUGGCAAGGAAGACAAAAUGAUUGUUUAACAUUUUAGGGACUGAGAACUACUGUGGAGAUUAUUUUACUUAUUUUAUUGCAAACCUAUAAAUGUGAAAUAAUAAGAGAAAACGUUGAUUGGAAAGCAACCACAUAUCAGAUACCAGCGAAGCACAAUCUUACACAAUCCCUUCCUGCCCCUAAUUCUUGGGAACUCUGAUAUACAGUGAUUCAUUUCCACAGGCUGGGCCUUCACUAAUCACAAUUUCUAAUAAAAUUAUGUAUCCUUCUA